CGCGGCUUGCUCCGGACAAGCCCAGGCGGGGCCUCACUCACGUCCCUUUCUGAGGCCAGAUGUUCUCAGCCUGGAAGAGACUAAUGUUCCUGUCUGUUCAUGAGGACUCUGGGCCCAUCAUGGCCUCUUCUAGUGCCGACGUGCUCAACAUCACCUCGCAAGUCCUUGCGCCUGCUCUCAAUGGGACCCUCUCCCAGAGCAGUACCUGCUUCCCAUCUGAGUGGUGGAGCUGGCUCAACUCCAUCCAGGCCCCCUUCCUCUGGGCCCUGUUCGUGCUGGCGGCCUUCGAGAACCUCUUUGUCCUCAGUGUCUUCUGCCUGCACAAGAGCAGCUGCACGGUGGCGGAGAUCUACCUGGGCAACCUGGCCGCAGCGGACCUGAUCCUGGCCUGUGGGCUGCCCUUCUGGGCCAUCACCAUCGCCAACAAUUUCGACUGGCUCUUUGGGGAGUUCCUCUGCCGCGUGUUGAACACCAUACUCUACAUGAAUCUCUACAGCAGCAUCUCUUUCCUGAUGCUGGUGAGCAUCGACCGUUACCUGGCCCUGGUGAAAACCAUGUCCAUGGGCCGGAUGCGCGGGGUGCGCUGGGCCAAACUCUACAGCCUGGUGAUCUGGGGGUGCGCGUUGCUCCUGAGCUCGCCCAUGCUGGCCUUCCGGACCAUGAGGGAGUACAGAGACGAGGGACACAACGUCACUGCCUGCAUCAUCAUUUACCCAUCCCGCACCUGGGAGGUGUUCACCAACAUCCUCCUGAACUUCGUGGGCUUCCUGUUGCCCCUGUGCGUCAUCAGCUUCUGCACGGUGCAGAUCAUGGGGGUGCUGCGCAACAACGAGAUGCAGAAGUUCAAGGAGAUCCAGACAGAGAGGAAGGCCACGGUGCUCGUCCUGGCCGUGCUGCUGCUGUUCGUCGUCUGCUGGCUGCCCUUCCAGAUCAGCACCUUCCUGGACACGCUGCUGCGCCUCGAAAUCCUCUCCAGCUGCUGGGACGAGCACGUCAUCGACGUCUUCACGCAGAUCUCCUCCUACGUGGCCUACAGCAACAGCUGCCUCAACCCGCUGGUGUAUGUGAUCGUGGGCAAACGCUUCCGCAAGAAGUCGCGGGAGGUGUACCAGGGACUGUGCCAGAAAGGGGGCUGCAUGUCGGAGCCCAACAAGACGGAGAGCUCCCUGGGCACGCUGCGGACCUCCGUCUCGGUGGAACGCCAGAUUCACAAAUUACCAGAGUGGGUGGGGAGCAGCCCACCUGUGGGAGUGGAUGCCAGCAGGGCUACGAGUAAUGCGCGCCACCUGCUCUUCUACGGUGGUCUCUGCCACACUCGGCUGCAGGUGUACGCUCGCUCACCCGCCUCGUCCAGCAGAGCAUGA